AUGAGCAGCGAAGAUGAAACCUGGUACGCGGAGGUCGGCAUCGAACCGGGAGCAAUUCUCAAGGGUGGAAAGUCGACCUACACCAUCGGCAGACUUCUCGGCGAGGGAGGCUUUGGAGUGGUGUUUAAGAUUUGCGACAAGAACGAUUCGAAGUUGUGCUACGCAAUGAAAAUCGAGAAGAGGAUCAAGAACAGGAUUCACUCCAAGCUGAAAAUGGAGAUAAGCAUCCUCAAGAUGGUGGCCAAUGAGCGAAAAGGAACAAGCGAGCGCAAUCAUUUCACGGCGAUUAUCGACCGCGGAAAGAAGGAAUACUACUACUUUCUCAUCAUGCAACUCGUCGGCAAAUCGUUGCAGGAUCUCAAGAAAGAUCGCCCUAUGAAUGUUUUCUCCUUGGGCACGGGACUUGGCGUCGGAAUGCAGUGCCUGGAAGCGGUUGAGGACCUUCAUAAACAUGCCUUCAUUCAUCGCGACUUAAAGCCGGCAAACUACGCAUGUGGUCUUGAUAAUCAGAUGCACACGGUCUACAUCCUCGACUUCGGAAUUGCUCGCAAGUACACAAAUCACAAGGGUGAAUUGAAGACGCCACGUGCUGAGGUCCGCUUCAAGGGAACGGUGCGUUUCGCCUCGCUGGCUUGUCAUCGAUGCAUUGAGAGGUCGGUGAAAGACGAUGUGGAGUCGUGGUUCUACCUGCUAUUGGAUCUCAUCGUCAAGGAAGGUCUGCCUUGGAAGAACAUUGAUGAUAAGAACAUUGUACAAGGCCGCAAGGAGGAAUCUCGCAAGAAUAAGGAUCUCUACGGAACGCUCAAGUGCAAGAAUGACUAUCAGAAGAUUCUCACCUACAUCGAUCGCCUCGAGUACACCGAUCAUGUCGAUUAUCAAUUCAUCUACGAGAAGCUCAAACGGAUCGCUGCCCAGCAGAGCAUCAACAUCGACGGCCCGUACGAUUUCGAGCCGCCUUCAAAGAAG